AUGGCGUGUAAGUCAGUGACCCGUCUCAUCCCAGCCACCUGUGCCUGGAUUCUACUCUUGUCGACCACGACUGCAUUCUUCUGGUUUCCGUAUGUCUUGUGUGCCAUCUCUCAGUGCAAUCAAACCAUUAACGCUAACUCUCACCCCAUUAGCUGCCAAUAUCUCCAAAACACUUACCAUUAUUCGGUCACUAUAUGUCAGGGAAUAAUCACAUUCUUCGUCAUUUCCAACUUCUUUUUGGCAACUUUUAUGGACCCCGGAGUCAUCAAAAAAGCCAAUGCGGACGAAGACAAGGACGACGACUUCCGGGCGCCGCUCUAUAAGAACGUGGAGAUCAAUGGCAUAACAGUGCGGAUGAAGUGGUGCGUGACGUGUCAGUUCUACAGACCUCCGCGGUGUUCGCAUUGCAGUACCUUUGACCACCACUGCCCGUGGGUUAACAACUGCAUCGGUCGACGCAAUUACAGGCAUUUCUUCUUUUUCCUCAUAUUCCUCAGCAUUCAUAUGGUCUCCAUAUUCUUCUGGUGUAUUCUCUUUAUAUUGGAUCACAAGGAAGUACUCCAACAAACCGACUCUAUUGUUGCGGGUCGCACCACAAACGAACAGGGGGGAUAUAACCCAUUCUCAAGAGGCUGUUGGGCCAACUGUUGUUACACUCUGUGCGGUCCGCGCUUUCCCAGAGACCAAUUCUCCAAGAUACUGUACUGCUUAGAUCCGAUUGACUACAAGAAGUGA